UCUGAUAAAUUUCACUAAAUUUCAUGUUUCUUUUUUUUUCUCUCUUGAUUUAUUUAAAAUGGUGACCAUAAAAUUGAAUGCUAUUCUGCAAGUCUAUUGAAGCAAAUAUGACCCAUUUAGAAAAUAAAAAAACACAAAAAAGAAAUUAAAAAUAAAAAUGCUGUUUCUAUCCAUCUAUAUAUUCCCACUACAGAAUUCCCUAUAAAUACUACAUUUAAAUGCUUCAAUUUCCACUACUCCGCAUUCUGCAAACACGUCUCUCUCUCUCUCUCUCUCUCAUUACAAAAAAUGGCAAACCCAAUUAACUGUAUUAUCCAUGUAGUCCUCUUGGUUUCCUUUACCUCAUAUUCAGCAAUGGCAUCUGUGCAAUACAAUGUGCUGAAUUUUGGGGCCAAACCUGACGGCAAAACAGAUUCAGCAAAGGCAUUUCUUGCUGCCUGGACACAAGCAUGCGCCUCUACGAAAUCAUCCACCAUUUAUGUUCCUAAUGGAAGGUUCUUCCUAAGCAAAAUAGCAUUUCAAGGUUCUUGCAAGAACAAUGCUAUUGGGUUCAGUAUAGGCGGCACCCUUGUCGCUCCUUCAGAUUAUAGGGUCCUUGGAAGUGCCAAGAAUUGGAUAAUCUUUCAACAUGUUAAUGGGGUUACUGUUUCUGGUGGAACUCUUGAUGGUCAAGGCACAGGAUUGUGGUCCUGCAAGGCUUCUGGCAAGAGUUGCCCCUACGGUGCAACGUCACUGGAAUUCACAAAUUCAAACAACAUUGUAAUCAAGGGAUUAGCAUCGCUAAACAGUCAACUGUUCCACAUUGUCAUCAAUGAAUGCCAAAACGUCAAAGUUCAAGGGGUGAAAAUCUCAGCCUCCGGCAGUAGCCCCAACACUGAUGGCAUUCAUGUUGAAGCAUCAACUGGUGUCACAAUCCUCAGCUCUAAAAUUGGAACAGGGGAUGAUUGUGUGUCAAUUGGUCCUGGUACCUCUAAUUUGUGGAUUGAAAAUGUUGCAUGUGGUCCUGGCCAUGGUAUCAGCAUUGGAAGUUUAGGUAAGGAUGCUCAAGAAAAUGGAGUGCAGAAUGUGACAGUCACUGCUAGUACAUUUACUGGUACAGAUAAUGGAGUGAGAAUCAAGACUUGGGGAAGACCCAGCAGUGGUUUUGCUAGAAGCAUUCGUUUUCAGCAUGUUGUCAUGAAUAACGUUCAGAAUCCAAUUGUGAUUGACCAAAAUUACUGCCCAGAUAACAAGAAUUGCCCUGGUCAGGUUUCCGGAGUAAAAAUUAGUGAUGUGACAUAUUUAGACAUACAUGGAUCAUCAGCAACAGAAGUUGCAGUAAAAUUUGAUUGCAGCAAGAAGUACCCAUGCAGUGGGAUUAAAUUACAAGAUGUAAAGCUCACUUACAUGAACCAACCAGCUGAAGCAGCAUGUGCCAAUGCUGGUGGAACAGCUUCUGGCUAUGUUCAGCCCACAAGCUGUCUAUGAUAGGAAAUUACACAGGCCAAUCGGGCUAGUAGUCCUUGCGAUGGAUAGGCCAAGGAUUUUAAACCCUGACAGUCUCAUUUUCUUCUUUUGGAAAAGUAGCAAAAUUCUUGUAUUUAGGCUUGAUCAAGGAUAAUACAUCUAUAUAUAUAGAUAUACAUAUAUAAAAAUUUAAGCUGUACUUGCAUUGUCCUGGGGUUACUUGGAACCCGGGAUUGUAAUUAUAUGACAAGAACAAUAUAUGUCAUUACCAAGCAUGCAUUUUGCUUGGCCUUUUUCUUA